AUGAUUGCCGGAUUGUUUAGACCAUUGUUGGGCAUGAAGCAGGCAGCUGCGAAUAUGUUUGGUUUACCAAGAGCCAAGCCAAUGGUUAUAAAUCAGGUCAGACAUACUUGCAAGACCCAUAGAGGAGCAUAUAAGAGAUGGAGAAAAACGGCAACAGGAUACAAGCAUGGUCUUCAAGGGAGAAAGCAUGGAAAUGCUGGAUUUUCACAAAGAAUUUUGAAAAAGAGAACGGGCACUGCAUAUUCUACCGCUGAGCAAACUAAAAGAUUAAAAAGGCUUAUGCCAUCUCUCUAG